UUCCUUCAGGAAAUUGAAGUUGGUGGUGGUCGGAAAGCUAUUAUAAUCUUUGUUCCCGUUCCUCAACUGAAGUCGUUCCAGAAAAUCCAAGUCCGGCUGGUUCGCGAAUUGGAGAAAAAGUUCAGUGGGAAACACGUUGUCUUUAUUGCUCAGAGGAGAAUUCUGCCUAAGCCAACUCGGAAAAGCCGUACAAAGAAUAAGCAGAAGCGUCCUAGGAGCCGCACCCUGACAGCCGUGCACGAUGCGAUCCUGGAGGACUUGGUGUUCCCGAGUGAGAUUGUGGGCAAGAGGAUCCGUGUGAAACUGGACGGCAGCCGGCUCAUCAAGGUCCAUUUGGACAAAGCACAGCAGAACAACGUGGAGCACAAGGUGGAAACUUUUUCUGGUGUCUAUAAGAAGCUCACUGGCAAGGAUGUUAAUUUUGAAUUCCCAGAGUUUCAAUUGUAAACAAAAAUGACUAAAUAAAAUAUCACUCAAAAUA